CAGCAAAGCGAUUGUGGACGGGAACCUGAAGUUGAUCCUCGGUCUAAUAUGGACCCUGAUCCUCCACUACUCCAUCUCCAUGCCCGUCUGGGAGGACGAAGACGACGGCGAAGCCAAGAAACAGACGCCCAAGCAGAGAUUGCUCGGCUGGAUCCAGAACAAAGUGGCGGACCUUCCCAUCACUAACUUCAGUCAGGACUGGAGGAACGGGAGGGCGCUGGGAGCUCUGGUGGACAGCUGCGCUCCAGGCCUGUGUCCUGACUGGGAGAUCUGGGACUCAAAUAAGCCAGUGGAGAACGCCACGGAGGCCAUGCAGCUCGCUGAUGAUUGGCUGGGAAUUCCACAGGUUAUUGCUCCAGAGGAGAUCAUUGACCCCAGUGUGGAUGAGCAGUCAGUUAUGACAUAUUUGUCACAGUUCCCGAAAGGCAAACUGAAGCCCGGAGCCCCUCUCAAACCCAAACUCAACCCCAAGAAGGCGCGCGCAUACGGCCCAGGUAUUGAGCCGACCGGGAAUCGGGUGAUGCGUCCGGCUGUGUUCACGGUGGACACCUUCAGCGCAGGUCAAGGGCAGGUCAUGGUCUAUGUUGAAGACCCCGAGGGCCGACGAGAAGAAGUCAAACCUGUGCUCAACGAAGGCAAAAAGACCUUCAGCGUGACGUACAUCCCUCAGGUCAUGGGACCGCACAAGGUCACUGUGCUUUUCGCUGGACAGCAAAUCCCAAAGAGCCCGUUUGAGGUGAACGUGGACAAAGCCCAGGGAGACCCCACUAAAGUCACGGCUAAAGGACCCGGACUGGAGCCGCUGGGCAACGUGGCCAACAAACCCACAUACUUUGACAUCUACACUGCAGGUGCCGGAGUGGGUGACGUGACUGCCGUCAUUAAAGACCCUCUGGGUAAUAAAAACACUGUGGAGGCCAUCAUGGAGGACAAGGGUGAAAGCAUCUUCCGGUGCACAUACAAACCAGUGCAGGCCGGUCCUCACAUCAUCAACAUUACAUUUGGAGGCAUCGCCAUCCCUAAAAGCCCCUUCACCGUCACAAUCGGCCCAGCGUCUGUUCCCGGUGCGUGUCGUGCCACUGGACGAGGUCUGCAGCCCAGAGGUGUGCGAUCACGACAGGUGGCGGAUUUUAAGGUGGACACUCGUAACGCUGGAAGUGGAGAUCUGAAGGUCACCGUUAAAGGACCCAAAGGUCUAGAGGAGCCUGUGAAACAGAAGGACAUCUCAGAUGGUGUGUACGCAUAUGAAUACUAUCCACACACACCUGGCAAAUACACCGUCACCAUUACCUGGGCCGGACAGCACAUCCCCAAGAGCCCUUUCGAGGUUCAGGUGGGCAAUGAAGCUGGACCCCAGAAGAUCCGUGCGUGGGGUCCGGGUCUGGAGGGAGGCAGUGUGGGCAAGUCUGCGGACUUUGUGGCCGAAUCUAUCGGGACGGACAUCGGAGUCCUCGGCUUCGCCAUUGAGGGUCCGUCUCAGGCCCGGAUUGAGUGUGAAGAUCAGAAUGACGGCUCGUGUAAUGUGAAGUACUGGCCCACUGAAUCAGGCGAGUACGCCGUCCAUGUCAUGUGUGAUGAUGAAGACAUCGAAGACAGUCCCUUCAUGGCCUACAUCGUCCCUGAUAACAAAGCCAACAACCCCAACCAGGUCAGGGCUUAUGGACCGGGAUUGGAGAAGUCCGGCGUUAUCAUAAACAAGCCGGUUGAGUUCACCGUCGAGGCCAAAGAUGCGGGAAACGGACCCCUGAUAAUCACUGCACAGGAUGCAAAUGGCGUCCCCAUCGAUGUGAAGGUGAAGAGUAAAGGAGAGAACGUCUACUCCUGCUCAUACACACCCACCUCCGCUGUCAAGCACACGCUGGCUGUGACCUGGGGAGGCGUCAGUGUUCCCAACAGCCCCUUCAGGGUGAGUGUGGGAAAGGGAAGCCAUCCACACAAAGUGAAAGUGUUUGGCCCAGGAAUCGAGAGAACCGGCCUGAAAGCUCACGAGCCGACACACUUCACUGUGGACUGCACAGAAGCUGGAGAAGGUGAUGUAAGUGUUGGAAUCAAGUGUGAUGCUAAUGUUAUCAGUGAGAAGGAAGAGGAUGUUGAUUUUGACAUCAUUCCCAAUGCCAAUGACACCAUCACUGUCAAGUAUGUUCCUCCUGGAGCGGGACGGCUUACAAUCAAAGUCCUUUUUACUGAUCAAGAAAUUCCAGUCAGUCCGUUCCGUGUUAAAGUGGAUCCUUCACAUGACGCCUCCAAAGUGAAAGCAGAGGGACCAGGACUCGCCCGAGCAGGUGUGGAGAGCGGAAAACCAACACACUUCACCGUUUACACCAAAGGAGCUGGCAAAGCUCCUCUGAACGUUCAGUUUUCCGGACCUAAUAAAGGACAGCCCGUCCAAGACUUUGAGAUCAUUGACAACUAUGACUAUUCCCAGACUGUCAAGUACACACCAGUUCAGCAGGGGGAGAUGGUGAUAACCGUGACCUUCGGUGGUGACCCGAUUUCUAAAAGCCCCUUCGCUGUUGGUGUUGCGGCUCCGCUUGACCUUGACAAGAUCAAAGUCGAUGGCCUGGAAAAUCGAGUGCAAGUGGGUGAGGAUCAAGAGUUUGCCAUUGGUACUAGUGGAGCGGGUGGACAGGGCAAACUGGAAGUCAAGAUCACCGGCCCGUCUGGGAAAGCCGUGCCCUGCGUGGUGGAGCCUGGGAAAGCAGCCAGUCUGGUGAAGUACAUCCCCAAAGAGGAGGGUGUGUACGUGGUGGAGGUCGUCUAUGAUGGCAAUCCAGUGCCUGGAAGUCCUUUCCAAGUUGAAGCCAUGCUGCCUCCUGAUCCCAGCAAAGUCAAGGCGUUUGGUCCAGGAUUGAAGGGUGGUCUUGUAGCAAACCCUGCUGAAUUUAGCAUCGACACCAAGGGCGCCGGCACGGGUGGACUCGGGCUCACCGUCGAGGGUCCAACCGAAGCUAAAAUUGAGUGCUCUGACAAUGGCGACGGCACCUGCUCCGUGUCGUACCUCCCCACCGAACCCGGAGAGUACCUAGUUAACAUUCUCUUCGAGGACGUCCACAUUCCCGGCUCGCCUUUCCACGCUGACAUCCAGUACCCCUUCGAUCCCACCAAAGUGGUGGCGUCCGGCUCCGGGCUGAAGCGAGGCAAGGUUGGUGAGAUCAGCGUGCUGAAUGUCGACUGCACCAAAGCUGGACCUGGACAGUUGACGCUGGAGGCCGAGUCUGAUUCUGGAGCGAAAGCAAAGACUGAAGUUCUGGACAAUAAGGACGGGACUUACACGGUCACCUACGUCCCACUGACUGCGGGCAUGUACACGCUACAGCUGAAGUACGGUGGGAAGACGGUUCCCAACUUCCCUGCCAAAGUGAACGUGGAUCCAGCUGUUGAUACCAGCAAAGUGAAGGUGUCUGGACCAGGAGUUGCUGGAGAAGGAGUUUUCAGAGAAGCCACGACUAACUUCACGGUGGAUGCACGAGCUUUGACCAAAACUGGCGGUAAACACAUUAAAGCUCGUGUGAAGAACCCAUCAGGCGCUUCUACAGACUGCACCAUCAGUGACAACGGCGAUGGCACUUACAACGUGGAAUACACACCAUUUGAGAACGGAGUCCACAGUGUGGAGAUUCUGUACGAUGAGACUCCGGUUCCUAAGAGCCCGUUCCAGGUCGGGGUGGGAGAUGGAUGUGACCCCUCACGUGUGCAGGCCAAGGGCCCGGGUCUAGAAGAAGCACUGACUGACAAACACAACAAGUUCUCAAUCAUCACCAGAGGAGCUGGUAUUGGUGGUUUGGGAAUAACCGUAGAAGGCCCAUCAGAGUCUAAAAUGUCCUGCAAAGAUAACAAAGAUGGCAGCUGUAAUGUGGAAUACACCCCGUACGUUCCUGGUCUGUACGAUGUCAACAUCACAUAUGGAGGACAACACAUUCCAGGAAGCCCGUUCAAAGUGCCCGUAAAGGAUGUUGUUGACUCCAGUAAGGUGAAGAUAUCUGGACUUGGUGUUGGUUCUGGAGUGCGAGCUAAAAUCCCACAGUCCUUCACUGUGGACUGCAGCAAAGCUGGUGUCGCUCCUCUGUCUGUAGCCGUAACUGGACCUAAAGGUUUGGCUGAACCAGUAAACAUUACAGACAAUGGUGACGGCACACACACGGUGGCAUACACUCCGUCUGUCGAGGGCUCGUACUCUGUCGCGGUCAAAUACGCAGACGAGGAAGUUCCACGCAGCCCGUUCAAACUGCGCGUUCAGCCCACUCAUGAUGCCAGUAAAGUGCGUGCCAGCGGCCCCGGCCUGACCACCGGUCUCUCCGCCAGCUUUCCAGUCGAGUUCACCAUCGAUGCCAAAGAUGCCGGUGAAGGCCAGCUGUCCGUGCAGAUUACCGAUCAGGAUGGUAAAUCCAAGAAAGCCAACAUUCAGGACAACCAGGAUGGAACCUACAAAGUGUCUUAUGUGCCAGACAAGGUGGGCCGUUACACUAUUGUAAUCAAGUAUGGCGGAGACGAGAUCCCCACUUCUCCAUAUAGAGUGAGAGCGACCACUACAGGAGACGCCAGCAAGUGUACGGUCACGGGACCUGGCAUUGGGCCAACCAUCGGCAUUGGAGAGGAAGUUGGGUUUGUGGUGAACGCUAAAGGAGCCGGGAAGGGGAAGGUCUCCUGCAUUGUGGUCACUCCUGACGGCACUGAGGUGGAAGCUGAUGUAAUCGAGAACGAGGACGGGACCUUUGACAUCUUCUACACUGCGCCGAAGCCCGGGAACUAUGUUAUUUACGUGCGGUUUGGAGGGGAGAACAUCCCCAGGAGCCCCUUCAAAGUCAUGGCAACAGAUGAAGUUCCCAUGAUGCAGCAGCAGUCAGUCCAACAGCAAAAGACAGCGCCAGGCGUCGGCUUCCAGCCCUGGGUUACAGAUGGCGCGUAUAUCCCUGCGAACAGUGUGAACGGGACGGGAUACAGACCUUUCGAUAUGGUGAUUCCCUUUACGUUUAAGAAGGGGGCAAUCACAGGUGAGGUUCACAUGCCGUCAGGUAAAACCGCUCAGCCUGAGAUAAUCGACAACAAAGACGGGACGGUCACAGUGAAGUUCUCGCCCACAGAGGCUGGACUUCAUGAAAUGCACAUUAAAUACAACGGCUCACACAUCCCAGAGAGCCCUCUGCAGUUCUACGUCAACAACACAAACAGCCCUAAUGUGACCGCAUAUGGACCGGGCCUGGUCUACGGGACCACCAAUAAAACCGCCAUGUUCACCAUCUACACUGAAGAUGCUUCUGAAGGCGGACUGGAUUUGGCCAUUGAAGGUCCGUCGAAGGCUGAGAUCAGCUGUGUGGACAACAAAGACGGCACUUGCAGUGUCUCGUACCUGCCCACACUCCCUGGAGACUACAACAUACUCGUCCGCUACAAUGACAAGCACAUCGCUGGAAGCCCCUUCACCGCCAGGGUCACAGAAGACAAUAAGAGGAAGUCCCAGGUGAAGCUGGGCUCCGCUGCAGAUUUCUCUCUGGAUAUCACCGAGACGGAUCUGAGUCUUCUCAGCGCGAGCAUCAAAGCCCCUUCCGGCCGCGACGAGCCGUGUUUGCUCAAGAGACAACCCAACAACCACAUCGGCAUUUCCUUCAUCCCGAGAGAAGUUGGGGAGCACCUGGUGAGCAUCAAGAAGAACGGACAGCAUGUCCCUAACAGCCCCAUCACCAUCAUGGUGGUCCAGUCUGAGAUCGGAGACGCCAGCCGAGUCAAGGUCUUCGGACAGGGGCUGGUGGAGGGAAACACCUUCGAGAUGUCCGACUUUGUGGUGGACACAAGGGAAGCUGGUUAUGGAGGUUUGGCGUUGGCCAUUGAGGGUCCCAGUAAGGUGGACAUACAGACAGAAGACAUGGAGGACGGCACGUGUGGCGUCUCAUAUUGUCCGAGUGAGCCGGGCACCUACAUCGUGUCCAUCAGGUUUGCAGAAGAGCACGUCCCUGGAAGUCCGUUCAGCGUUCGGGUGACCGGAGAAGGUCGUAUCCGCGAGAGCAUCACUCGCCGGCAGAAAGCAGCGUCCGUCUCUAGUGUUGGAAGUGUGUGUGAUCUCAACCUAAAGAUCCCAGAAAUCGACAUUCAGGACGUGUCUGCGCAGGUCACCAGCCCGUCGGGAGCCACAGAAGCGGCUGAGAUCGUGUGUGUGGGAAACCACACGUACUGCGUGCGCUUCGUGCCUCAUGAGAUGGGCGUUCACACGGUCAGCGUGAAGUACCGCGCGCAGCAUGUGCCGGGAAGCCCCUUCCAGUUCACCGUGGGUCCGCUGGGAGAAGGUGGAGCCCACAAGGUGCGGGCGGGGGGUCCGGGUCUGGAGAAGGCCGAGGCGAGCGUGCCAGCUGAGUUUAACGUGUGGACGCGAGAGGCGGGCGCUGGCGGGCUGUCCAUCGCUGUCGAGGGUCCCAGUCGUGCAGAAAUCUCAUUUGAGGAAAGGAAGGAUGGAUCAUGUGGCGUCUCCUAUGUAGCUCAAGAACCUGGCGACUACGAAGUGUCUAUAAAGUUCAACGACGAGCACAUUCCCGACAGCCCGUUCCUGGUUCCCGUGUGCGCUCCCGAAGGCGAUGCCCGUCGACUCACUGUUGCCAGUCUUCAGGAGUCGGGUCUGAAGGUGAACCAGCCCACAUCGUUCGCAGUGCGUCUGAACGGGGCGAAGGGCGACAUCGAUGCCAAAGUUCACAGUCCGUCCGGAGCGCUGGAGGAGUGUGUGGUGUCUGAACUAGAGCAAGACAAGUACGCCAUCCGUUUCAUCCCGCGGGAGAACGGCGUCCACCUCAUCGACGUGAAGUUCAACGGGACACACAUCCCUGGCAGUCCGUUCCAGGUCCGUGUGGGAGAACCAGGACAGAUCGGGGAUGCCGGACUCGUCACUGCGUACGGAGCCGGUCUGGAAAGAGGAACCACAGGUAACCAGGCCGAGUUUAUCAUCAAUAACACCAAAGCUGGACCCGCAUCUCUGUCCGUCACGAUCGAGGGCCCGUCCAAGGUGAAGAUGGAGUGUCAGGAGUGUCCCGAAGGGUUUAAAGUGCACUACACACCGAUGGCCCCUGGGAACUACAUCAUCACUAUCAAAUACGGCGGCCCCAACCACAUCACCGGAAGCCCGUUUAAGGCCAAAGUCACAGGUCCACGGCUGGUGAACGUGACCAACGCCAGCGAGAUGUCCACUCUGAUGGUGGAGUCGGUGAGCAGGUCGAGCAGUGUGAACUCUUACAGCUCGUCUCCCAGAGCCGCCUCUGACGCCAGUAAAGUGCUCAGUCGAGGGCCAGGUCUCAGUAAGGCCUUCGUGGGCCAGAAAGCCUCUUUCACUGUCGACUGCAGUAAAGCAGGGAAGAACAUGCUCCUGGUCGGUGUUCACGGUCCUCUGACGCCCUGUGAGGAGAUCUUGGUGAAACACACAGGAAACAUGCAGUACAAUAUCAGCUACAUCUUAAAGGAGCGGGGCAACUACAUUCUGGCUGUCAAAUGGGGAGACGAACACAUCCCAGGCUCCCCCUUCCAAGUCACUGUCCCAUAAUUCCCUGCGGUUAAACCCAAAACACUCCUGAGAGAGAGAGAGAGAGAAAGACACUGUAAAAAAAAUAAAUAGAAGGCGUUAGUGAACGAAUCAUUCAGACCUUCUUAAUUUUGUUUGCACUUGAUCAGGUUUUUGACUGGAAUGUGAUGCAUUAUGACGGUAACGUUGACAGCAUGUUGUUAUGAUGCAUGAAUUGUACAUUUCUUCUGUUUUGAUAAAGUUGAAAUGACCGUGUAUGAACAAACUGAUCAGGGUUUCACACCCUAACGUCUCUUUACUACUGAUAUUGACUCUAAUUGUUCGUCUGUUUCUAACAUACUGUCACUUUUAAUUUGCAUAUUAUAACAUUUCCAUGUGUGUUCGAUUCUCACUGUAUAAACUGAGCUGUGAUGUUUAUUUACUCAUAAAUCAAAGCAUCAUCCAUCUCUUCAAAUCAAGCACAUCUGUAUACAUCUCAAUGGUUUCACUGCGACAUAUUGAACAGUUUAGAGACAAAAGGGAAAUAAAUAAAGAUGUAACAUAAAACAAUUUCUGUAUAUCAAGAUCUUAGACUUGCAGAGCCCUCAAGACCAAAAGACCCAGUAUUUUCACACUUUAUCAGAUUUUCUUGCUUUUUGAAGACACUAAUAUGCAAAUGUAACUAAUAGAUUUAUGCAGAACUCUUUUUCAUUCUUCAGACGUUCAUGUUUGUCUAAAUUCUACUAGUUUUGAUACUCCAGUGGUGAAGUAUUUUGUAAGUGGCGAGGGGCGUAUUUUGUAUUUAGCCAUUGGUGCCUUAUUGUGAAACACGCAAGUAGAUUUGAUGUACAUUUGCUUAUUAAAAUUGACUGGAAUAAAGAAUUCAGAAUCUACAA